AUGGAUCAUUCAAAAAGCGUUGUCGAUAUUGAGGCUGGUCCUUCGGUCGGGACUGGCGAACCCAUCAACAUGAGAUAUGAGCCCACGACGGAUAGACCAGCUUCAGAUUACCCGUAUACCCUCAAAAUUUGCGCCCUUGCUCGGGAGGAUCCGAGUAACUUUCACAGAUAUAAAACCCUAGCUAUAAAAAUGCGGGACGAGUUAAAGAUAACUUUGCCUCAAAACCUAAAAAUAAGCGAUUCCACCCUAGAUUUCGUAAACUUGGUGAAUGGGUUUUUCUCCAGAAGAGGGUAUUUGAUAUGCGCUGACGAAACCUUUGUUGCUGAUGUCAAAAAAGGUACUAUCACAAACUCAGCUCUUUGGGAUCCCGACAGUGGGGAUGGAUCAUGGAGCCAGACUUUGGUCUACAUACCUACCGACACUGAUACUCGUUUGAUUCAUGUGGCACUGUCAGAGUCCAAACAAACUGCCUUUGUGCCUGGGGAUGCGCCAUCCAUAGAUUUUAUACCCAUGAUUGGUGGAGAGGUGUUAAUUAACAAGAAUAUUAUAACGUGGGCAUCAAUGCCUAGCGCCGAGCUAAUCGAAACCCUUGGAUUCGCCUACAACAUACCACCACUUUUCUUCACACAGAUGAUCUCUACCGUAGAGGAACAUCUAAUUACUGGAGAAUGUAAAAGGGUUGAAUUAAACAGAGAAUAUAAAACUACGACAAAUUGCGAUAUCGGCACUCUUGUUCUUGGCUUUGACAGUGCAAGUAGCGAAGACAUGGCCCCGAGAGUCUGGAUUUAUUUUUUACCAAAAGCUGUCAGCAAUGAAGAUUGUCCGAUAAUCAUAGUCUUCAGUCGACCGAGCGGCUGGCCACUCCACCACACUCAUGACCCGAAUAUACAAGAAGACCCACAUUCUCUGUUAAAGAUUUCUGAAAAAAUCGGGGGAAAAGAGGCUGCCGAUACCGACCAGAACCCUAUAGAAAUUUUAAUACCAUUUUUGGACUCUUUGACGUCUUUCUUCCGAUGGAAAGUCUCAGAGAUGGAUGACGACCAUAAAAAAUGGCUAGUACUUGUGAGACGGCUCUCAACCGCAGAAAUGUCGAAAUUUGACCACGAUCUUUUGCAACGGUGGCUAGUAUUUCGCGCAUUUUUAGAAGAUUUCUGCCUGAUCUUGGACAAAAUUGAAGAUUUCUUCGAUGAUCUUGAAACUAAAAAAGUUGUUUCGGAACGCUCAACAGCACCAAAGAUGACCAGGUCAAUCAAAGUACAGCAGAAACUACUGGCCCGUGGUCGCAGUCUUGAGGCGAUGGUCCGCGACACAAUACAAUUAAACAUCGGAGGCGUUGCUUUGCAGGAAUCCCGCCGUUCAAUUCAACAAGCAAACUCUGUUGGAAGAAUCUCCGUCCUGGCAUUCAUAUUUUUGCCCUUGUCUCUCGUAACAUCGAUCUUCGGAAUGAACAUUUCCGAGGUUACCGGUUCUGGGGCAUCUUGGAGGGCUUUCUUUGCGACUUCCAUCAUCUUUGGUGGUCUGAUGGUACUACUUUGCUCCAUUAUUUGGAGGAAAUCGAGAGUAGUCCGAUGGAUUCUUUCUGUCUUACGAAGGUUGCGCCGAUUUUCACGGCGGAAAUUUAGGGCUCUCUUCGAAGCUUUUAUUGUAAGAGAGCCUUUAGUAGUAAAGGCUCUCUUGAACUGGAGGCAUGAUCCAAAUAGGUCAAAGCUACAGCAACGCAAAAUCCAGUGGAUGAUCCUAAAAUAUGCAGCUCCUGCUAGGCAAGGAUCUGGUGCAGGUCAAGCUAUUGAUGAUGCGAUGAUACUGGAAACCGUUUUUGGUAAAGUUCGAGAUCCUCAAAAGCUUGAUGCCGCACUUCGAGCAUACGAUAAAGCAUGUCGACCGAGAACUCAAAAAAUUGUUGAGUCGAGUAAAAUUACAGGAAUUUUGAUCUGUGAGAGAGGAGCUGAAGUGGGAUAG